AUGGGAUGCACAGCCGAAGAACAAGACGUGAUAAAAAACUUCUGGGAGUUGGAUAGCAUCGGCAUUCGGGAUGAAGUCAUGACCAACACCGAACAUGACCAGCUAGUGCUGGAUGAGUUUAAGCGAAACAUUAAGAUGCUGGACGGACGCUACGAAGUGGCCUUGCCAUGGAAAAGUCUCAAGGGGGAGCUAGGCAGCAACCUUGAAGUCGCCGAAAAGCGGUUGCAAGGGCUUGUGAAACGUUUAGCCCACAGUGACGCCAUCCAGCAGUACGACGAGGUCAUCCGGAACUACCUAACAAACGGGCACGCGGAGGUAGUCACCACCAACUGCGCGAAGCCUGGGCGGAUCUACUACAUGCCUCACAGAGCUGUGGUCCGUAACGAGUCAUCAACCACAAAGGUUCGAGUGGUGUUCGACGCCUCGUCGCACGCGCCAGGUGUUCCUUCACUCAACGAUCAUCUGGAGAAAGGCCCGAAAUUAGGAGCAGAUCUAAUUCCCGUAUUGCUGCGCUUCAGAUUACACAAAGUAGCAAUCACCGCUGACAUUCAAAAGGCGUUCCUGCAGAUUGGCAUCAAAGAAGAAGGGAUGCACUGA